AACAAUCAUAUUUAUUAUCAUCAUUAUUAUUUUCCUUUGAGAUUAUCUUUUCCACAUUAUGACAUCAAUUAUACGUGGAAAUUUGUAUUUGUUAGUAAAAUAAAACAAACCUCAUUUUAUCCUAUAAAUAUCCACAGCGAAAGAAUAAAAGGAAAGAGAAAAAGCUCGAGGACCAUUUCCAUGGCGGACGGAGAGGGCAAAACGGUCAACAAUGGUAAAAAAGUUCAUAUUCUAGUCGUAACAUACCCAGCUCAAGGCCACAUAAAUCCUCUUUUACAAUUCUCCAAACGCCUCCACCACAAAGGCGCCGCCGUGACCUUCGUCAUCACCAAAUACCUUUACAACAACAGCCCCGCCGCCGACAACCCUCCGCCCUUCCCCGUGGAGACCUUCUCGGACGAUCAUGACGACGGCGGAUUUCUCUCCUCUGUUUCGGUCCCCGACUACCACGAACGGCUGGAGCGUGUGGGGUCGGAGACUCUCCGAGAUCUGAUCAGGCGACUGGAGGGCGGGGGGCGGCGAAUCGACGCGGUGAUGUACGACGGAUUUAUGCCGUGGGUAUUGGAGGUGGCGAAGGAAUGGGGGCUGAAGACGGUGAUUUAUUUCACACAGAUGUGCGGGGUGAACAACAUUUACUUCCAUAUUUACAAAGGGGAAAUUAAGCUUCCAUUGGGGGGGGAGGAGGAGAUUAGGAUGGGGGGAAUGCCGGCAAUGAGGGCGGAGGAAAUGCCGUCGUUUGUAAAAGAUGUGAAAUCGUGUCCGGGGUUUUUGGCUACGGUGGUUAAUCAGUUUCGGAACAUUGAGGAAGCCGAUUUCUUAGUCUGCAAUAGUUUCUAUGAACAAGAACAACAGGUGUUGGAAUGGAUGGAGAAGAAAUGGAGGAUGAAGACGGUCGGACCAAACAUACCGUCGAUGUAUGCCGAUAGGCAAAUUCAGGAGGAUAGGGAGUAUGGAUUCAACUUCUUCAAACCCAACGACGAGGCUUGUCGAAAAUGGCUCAACGAUCGUCAGAAAAAGUCGGUGGUGUUCGUGGCAUUUGGGAGUUUUUCAACUUUGAGCGCUGAGCAGAUGGAGGAAUUGGCUUGGGGUUUAGCACAAACCAAUUGUUUCUUCUUGUGGGUGGUAAGGGAUCCAAAAGUGGCGAAUGUUCCAACAAAAUUUGUAGAGGCAACGAAGGAGAAGGGACUAAUAGUUCCUUGGUGUCUUCAAUUGGAAGUUUUAUCUCAUGAAUCAAUCGGUUGUUUUGUGACACAUAGCGGUUGGAACUCGACACUUGAGGCUCUAACCAUCGGCGUUCCUAUGGUGGCAAUGCCACAAUGGACGGAUCAAACUGUUAAUGCCAAGUUUGUAAGGGAUGUUUGGAAGACUGGAAUUAGGGCUUUUCCUGAUCAUACUGGAAUUGUACGGCGAAUGACGAUUGCAGAUUGUAUCUUGAAGAUCAUGGAUGACAAUGUCGAGGGAAAAGAAAUUCGAGAAAAUGCUGCUAAAUGGGGAGCAUUAGCAAGACGAGCGGUGGAUCAAGGCGGAAGUUCGGAUCAGAAUAUUAAUGAAGUUCUUGUUCAACUAGCUUCUGGUUUAAAUAUUUAAAGAAAAAUAUAAUUAUUAAAAAAUUUAAACUUUAUAAAAGGAAAAUUAAGAGAAUUGUGUUUGAAUUUGAGGAAAUUGAAUUAUUUCCUUUCUAACAAAUUCAAUGGCCAUGUUAGUAUGAAAUGAAUUGUAGUCACCAUGGAGAUAAUCAUUUGUCAAGUGGAUAUGAAAAAUAAUAACAAUUGUGUUUGGUUAAGUUUGAGAUUAUUAUUUUAUUCCAACUUUGGGUUUU